UGCCUUUGUUCUUUCUUUUCCUAUAUUAUUUUUGUUUACUGAUCUCUGACAUUUUGUUUAUUGAUUUGUUUAUUUAUUGCUAUAGAUGCACUACACCUCAUUAGAUAUUGAACAGAAAUCGAUGAACCUGUUAUGGUGCAUCUGAGUAACCAUGGCAACCAUCAUCUAUCUGUUCAUCAUCAUCAUCAGCUACAGGAGAUGAUGAGGGGUCAGGGUAAAGGGCUGAUGAUGAUGUAAUAAUCUGUGUAAGGAGCCUGACGGUCCAGCAGCACUGACCCUGGGCUUUGAUGAUGUCACACACUCAGCUCAUCAGUGUGCUGUGAUAUUUUAUAUUUCCUAAUAAUAAUAAUAAUCAUUAUAAUCAAAAAACAAGGAACAAGUCCAGUAAAGUGUAUAAAUAUUUACAAAGCUAAAGGGGAAUCUCGGCGCUGGACUGCAGGGUAGAGUGUUAAUAUUUCAUUACAGAAUCAUAUACUGUAUAUUAAGAAGUCUAGUCUGUUUUGUACUCCGUUGUGUUGGACUAUAUUAUCCCAGUGUGGGGGUGGUGAGCUCUCAGCCAAUCAGCGCGCGGCUUCUCAUCCGGGAAUCACAGCAAGUUUGUCUAAAAUCUACAGGUUUCCUUUACACUCGAUAAAAAUCACUGGACAUAAUAUUUAAAAAAUAUAAUUAUAAUAAUAUAAUAUUAAAAAUAUAAUUACUAAUGAUUAAUAAUCUUUGAUAAACUUUUAACUGAAAUUUUAUUUACUUUUAAACUGAAUUACGCUACAUUAGGGAAUGUCCUUCCGGCAUGGAUGUGACGUCACCGCCGACGCGGUCUAGUGCUACGUAGUUCACUCCUGACACUUCCGGGAUUCAGCACUCAGGAAUCAAUCCAAACUCCAAGAUCCGAGAGUCAGUUAAUAAAAGACAGGUGUGAUGUUGAGUCCAGCUGCAGUGCUGAGAAGUUUGAGGAACAUUCUGUUCACUGACUCCAGGAGGAAGAGGAGGGCUGAAGCUCAGGAUCUCACUGAUGAAGACUCUCUCCUCCUUCAUCUCCCCGUGGACGUCCAGCUCCUGAUCCUGACCUUUCUGUCCCCACGGGACCUGUGCAGACUCGGGGCUACCUGUCACUACUGGAGCUCCAUGGUGCGUGACCCUCUGCUCUGGAGGUACUUCCUGAUUCGGGACGCUGCCCGCUGGAGCUCAGUGGAUCACCUGUCCACUCCGAGACUGGACUUCCUCACUGACCCUGCAGCUGACAGUGACACGGACAUGGACACGGAGACGGAGAAACUGGACUUUAUGGCAGAAUAUCUGCGCUGCUGUCCUGAGUGUCGUUCUCCACAGCGCUGCACUCCUCCCUCUGCUCUCUCCUCCUUCCUCCACUCUCUGGUCUCAGAUACAGAACCUCGGUUCUCCAUGUUCGGUUCUGGACUGGAGCAACUGGACGUCUCUCUCAUGACUGUGAUGAUGAACUCUCCUCAUGUACUGAGAGUAGCAGGAAUCCCACAGCGGCAGAUUAACAGUAUUGGAUCAGGGAUCAGUUUUGUGUAUGAAGGCCAACACAAAUUCAACAUCAUCACUUUAUAUUCAACUAACAGUGCAGAGAGAGCGCGGGCGCGUGCGGAGCGGUCGAGAGUGAACAGUAAACUCUUUGUUCAUGAGGAUGAUGAUGGAUCAGGAAAGCCUGGUUACAGCGUGGCUCCUCAGUUCCAGGAGGUGUUCCGCUCCGUUAACGGAUUUAUUUACGUCACUAAUGCAGAGACUGAGACCGCUAUAAGGGAGGAUGAGUUUGCUCAGAUCAGUGCGGCAGUCCAGCCUAUGUUGAAUUCUCCCUCUCGUCCACUCCUCGUCCUCUCCUGUGUGUCCAGAGAUGGAGAGACUCAGAGAAGGAGUGCAUGUGUUUCUAUCGCUCAUCAACUACAACUCCACAUGCUGCCCAACCCAUGGAUGGUACAGGACGUGGUGGCUGAGUCUCUAUCAGGACUGUUGGAGGGAGUGAACUGGUUACUCAGACACUCCGGACUCAGAGUGUGACGAUGAUGAUGAUGAUGAGGAGGAGGAGGAGGAUGGUGAUGGUGAAGAGACUUUAUUAGUGUUUUAACUAUUUUAUGUAUCUUCACUACAUUAUUGUGUAAAGAGAAUUGUUCAUGUGUGUAUCGUUACUCAGUUACUCAGAGUAAACUCCUCCUCGAGUGUCUAUAUAUAUAUAUAUGUGUGUGUGUCUGUGUAUGUGUAUAUAUUAAUA